CACUCGGCGCCGGACGUCGAGAGGAAUGUGCUUGUGGUUGUAGCUGUGUCCUUGGUUCUGUGUGGAUCAGAUUAAACACGACAGUUGACUUAAAGCUGCAGAAAUUAUUUUGCUUUCGUCCUGCUAUGUGAUUCUCAUUGGAGCCUCACUCACACAGCUUCUACCAGUUCCUCCAGGCUCCAGUGGAAAGUUAUGAGCGCUCCAAACUCCAAGCAGAGGCAAGCCUGCUGGGGAGCGAGAGAUGAGCUGUGGAAGUGCCUGGAUCUCACCCAAGACAACACAGCUGCCUGCGAGAAAUAUCGCAAAGAAUACGAGGCCAGUUGUCCUGCUCAGUGGGUGAAGUACUUCAACAAGCGAAGAGGCUUCCUGAAGUACAAGGAGAAAAUGGAGAAGGAAGGAUUUGAACCCGCAGAGGGGGCGCGAAAAUUAUAGAUCACUGAAUAGAUCUGGAACUGAACUGGACUGGAGUCAGUAAAGGAUCCUCGAGGAUGCCUUCCACAGUCAUUUCUGACUGGUGUAAUGUCCGUACAUGGAGAAGGACAGAGGCUUUAACAGUAAACAUAACCAACACAGUGAUGUUUAAUGCAAAAAAACAGAUGGAUUCUGAUUGUUUAAUGUCGUUAUUAAGAUGUCGGUUGCAAAUAAAUGUCCUACCACGUAGUACAUAAUGAAACAUUACUGUAGUUGCUAGUAUUUACAGUGAUUUAUAACAGGUUUGUAAUAUUUGUCUGGUGUUUAAAUGAAUUACAGUCUUCCCUGUACAAGCCUUCUAAAUAAACACACCACCACUCCGAGCUGCACUGAUCUACCUUAAAGAACUGUACUUCAUCGCUUUAGGAGAAAACAUUCAUGAGAGAAACAGAGAACAUCACCCUGCAUCACCUUCAAAUAAAGUGGACACUGUGA